GAGAAAUUGGCCCAGUCCCACCUGAAUUCUGAGACAUAUCGAGAAGUGGAAGAGGCCAUGAAGGCCAAAGGCCACAACAGAAAUUAGGAGGAGUGUCGCCGAAAAUGCAAAUUGCUGAAAUCUCAAUACAAACUAUACAGAGAUGCCCAGGCGAAAGGUACUAAGAGUGCCACCCCCCUGCCCUUUUACAAGGAGCUGCAUGCUUUCAUUAAAAGUGAAGGAAGCAUCAGACCCAACAGAUUAGCCACCAGUGGGGAGCGUGUGAGGGUCCCGGUGGGCCAGCCAGCCAGAGCAGAACCUGUGGUGGUGGAGAAGGAGGAGGAGACCCUAGAGCUGGAAUGUUCCCAGGACCUUUUGAUGCCCUCUCAUGAUGAGCAGGAGGAGGAACACCCCGACUCGGGCGAUUCCUCCAGCAGCCAGCAACCUCUGGACCCCCACGCCCUGCUCAGACGAAUGUCUGCUGGGACCGGGAGCUCCAGAAGCAGACCACCAUCUCAUGCAGGGUCCUCUUCCACGACCAGCAGCUACCGUGACCGCUCACUUGUCUCCCGGGCCAGUGCAGCCGCCAGCGAUGGCAGUGAGGCCGAAGAGACUAUGCAAGAUAAACCCUUUGUUUAUGUUGACAACAAAUGUAUAGUGGCGCAAGUGUGGCACAAUAGGGCAAACUGCAUGGCUGAAUUGCACAAUUGUGGCAUUGUUUCUUUCGCUGCUUACUAUGCUGGUAUGUUUGCAAGGUUACUGGGCCAGGGAUCAUGUGGAAGUAGGAUUGUGAGUGUCCCUGGCAUGGUCAUGUGCUGCAUGUGUCCCACUUUCCUAAGGCACCCCUCCCUUGCCCGUAACUCUCUCGUUUCCCCACCCCCUUAGUUUGAAACUCUACCCUUUGCCACAUUAGGGAAGCUUUGAGCGAGAGUUCCUGCAUGGCAGAAUGGGGUUGGACUAGAUGGCCCUCAGGGUCUCUGCUAACUGUAGGCUUCUAUGACUCUCUCAUUGUAUGUCCAAUAGUAGGAGGACAAACAGAAGAAGAAGAAGAAGAAGAAGAAGCUCCAGCUAAUCCCAUAGCUGCCAUGACACCAGAGGAAUGGCUUGCGACAAAGAAGAAGAGGGUGCGUCCGUCAGCAGCUACUAGAACUGUGGCAGCUGUGGAUCAGCUCAAGGUUUGCUCAGCAGAGCACAUGACAGCACUGGUGGAGCAGGGGCAGCGAACCUCUGAGGAAAGGGAGAGGGGCAGACAGUCCCACAGGGAAAUCAUGGAAAGGGCACUGGAAUUGCACCAGAGGGCCGUUCAGAACCAGGAGAGAUCACUGGACAGGUCAGACCAGGAGCAGAGGCGACUCAACACCACCUUGGAAGUUCAGACUGCUCUGAUGGGGCAGAUGGUGGAGAUCCUGAGGGGAGGGCAGGGUGGCACGAGAUGCAGAAGGGUACAUAGGGAGCAGAGCGGAAGAGGCAGGGCUGUCCCCAGGGUCGUGGAGGAAGGGUCUGGGCAGCAGGAGCCCCCAGCAAGAGCAAUCCUUCCAGCUGAGGAGCAGGGAGUUGUGAUGGAGGUGGAGCUGUCUCAGCAGCCUCUUGCGGGGCCAUCCUCCAGCCUCUUCAGUGACGCAGUGGCAGCCCCAGCGCCCACUACUCGCCCCCAAAGACAAAGGGCAACUGGAGGGGGCCUGGGAUCAAGGGGCAGGGAGCACUGACAAGGCACUGGGUCCCAUGAUGUCCCAUAAAGACAUCAUGUUGCCUCCCAGGGUAUGUGUUCCCUCUCAGCCCUAUCUAUUCUAUUCUACCCUUCCUGUUCCCUCCUCCCACCAUGCCUGCCUCACUGAUCCCCUAA